AGGUGGGCGGGGCGCUGGAGGGCACUCGCGAAGGCGGUGGCGGCGGCGGCGGCGGCGCCCGCGGCUUUGGGUAGCACCCCACGGCCCGCCCCCCUCUCGCCGCCGCCACCCUGCUGACCCCCGCCUUCCUCCCUUUCGCACCUCUCUGGCGCUUUGUCGGUCCUGGUGCUCGUGCGUCGGUUCGCGGGAGUGCGCAGGCGCGGCGGGGGCGAACAGCCCCUUUGGGUGGGCGGCGGAGCCCGGGAGCGCGCGGGCGAGACCAUGGCGGGCAGCGGCGCGGGGGGCGGUGGUGUUGGGGAGACGAAGGUGAUUUACCACCUGGAUGAAGAAGAGACUCCUUACCUGGUGAAGAUCCCCGUCCCCGCCGAGCGCAUCACCCUCGGAGAUUUCAAGAGCGUCUUGCAGCGGCCCGCGGGCGCCAAGUACUUUUUCAAGUCUAUGGAUCAGGAUUUCGGGGUGGUGAAGGAAGAGAUUUCAGAUGACAAUGCCCGCCUUCCCUGCUUCAACGGAAGGGUAGUAUCCUGGCUAGUGUCAUCAGAUAACCCCCAACCUGAGAUGGCGCCCCCAGCCCAUGAGCCUCGGACAGACCUGGCGCCUCCACCCCCACCUCUGCCCCCUCUGCCACCAGAGAGGACCAGUGGCAUUGGGGACUCCAGGCCUCCGUCUUUCCACCCUAAUGUGUCCAGCAGCCGGGAAAACCUGGAGCCCGAGACAGAAACAGAGUCAGUGGUGUCUCUGAGGCGGGAGCGGCCUCGCAGGCGAGACAGCAGUGAGCAUGGCGCGGGGGGCCACAGACCCAGUGGCCCCUCCAGGCUGGAGCGCCACCUGGCGGGGUAUGAGAGCUCCUCCACCCUCAUGACCAGUGAGCUGGAGAGCACCAGCCUGGGCGACUCGGACGAGGAUGACACCAUGAGCAGCAGGUUCAGCAGCUCCACGGAGCAGAGCAGCGCCUCCCGCCUCCUCAAGCGCCACCGGCGGCGGAGGAAACAGCGGCCACCCCGCCUGGAGAGGGCCUCGUCCUUCAGCAGCGUCACCGAUUCCACUAUGUCUCUCAACAUCAUCACAGUCACGCUCAACAUGGAAAAGUACAACUUCCUAGGCAUCUCUAUUGUGGGCCAGAGCAAUGAGAGGGGAGACGGUGGCAUCUACAUUGGCUCCAUCAUGAAGGGUGGGGCUGUGGCGGCCGAUGGGCGCAUCGAACCCGGGGACAUGCUUUUGCAGGUGAACGACAUGAACUUUGAGAACAUGAGCAACGAUGAUGCGGUGCGGGUGCUGAGGGACAUCGUGCACAAGCCAGGCCCCAUCGUGCUGACAGUGGCCAAAUGCUGGGAUCCCUCUCCCCAGGCCUACUUCACUCUCCCCCGAAAUGAGCCCAUCCAGCCGAUUGACCCUGCUGCCUGGGUCUCACACUCUGCUGCGCUGACUGGCACCUUCCCAGCUUAUCCAGGCUCCUCGUCCAUGAGUACUAUCACCUCUGGGUCCUCUCUUCCUGAUGGCUGUGAGGGCCGGGGCCUCUCCAUCCACACAGACAUGGCGUCUGUGACCAAGGCCAUGGCUGCUCCAGAAUCGGGAUUGGAAGUUCGGGACCGCAUGUGGCUCAAGAUUACCAUCCCUAACGCCUUCCUGGGCUCGGACGUGGUGGACUGGCUGUACCAUCACGUGGAGGGCUUUCCUGAGCGGCGGGAGGCCCGGAAGUACGCCAGUGGGCUGCUCAAGGCGGGCCUCAUCCGGCACACUGUGAACAAGAUCACCUUCUCUGAGCAGUGCUAUUACGUCUUCGGAGACCUCAGUGGUGGCUGUGAGAGCUGUGAGUGCCCCUGUCCCAGCCCAGACCUAGUCAACCUGUCUCUUAAUGACAAUGAUGGCUCCAGUGGUGCUUCGGACCAGGACACUUUGGCUCCUCUGCCUGGGGCCACCCCCUGGCCCCUGCUGCCCACUUUCUCAUACCAGUACCCAGCCCCUCACCCAUACAGUCCUCAGCCGCCACCCUACCACGAGCUCUCAUCCUACACCUACGGCGGAGGCAGUGCCAGCAGCCAGCACAGCGAGGGGAGCCGGAGCAGUGGGUCGACGCGAAGCGAUGGGGGGGCGGGGCGCACGGGGAGGCCUGAGGAUCGGGCCCCUGAGUCCAAGUCCGGCAGUGGCAGUGAGUCUGAGCCCUCCAGCCGGGGCGGCAGCCUUCGGCGGGGUGGGGAAGCUGGUGGGACUGGUGAUGGGGGCCCUCCCCCAUCCAGGGGCUCAUCAGGGGGUGCUCCCAAUCUCCGAGCCCACCCGGGGCUGCAUCCCUAUGGCCCACCUCCUGGUAUGGCCCUCCCUUAUAACCCCAUGAUGGUGGUCAUGAUGCCGCCGCCCCCACCCCCUGUCCCUCCAGCAGUGCAGCCUCCAGGGGCCCCUCCAGUCCGAGACCUGGGCUCUGUGCCCCCAGAGUUGACCGCCAGCCGCCAAAGCUUCCACAUGGCCAUGGGCAACCCCAGUGAGUUCUUUGUGGAUGUCAUGUAGAGCCCGUGGUGGGGCCACAUUGGCUCGGCUGUCAGUGUUUGGUGCGCCUGUCCUGUGAUUGGAUGUCUUGUCAAUCAUGUGUUCAUCACUCCUCUGGUGCUUGGACUCAGCCUGUCCUGUGGGCUGCUGUCUGCUGUGAGAUUGAUUGUUGCCACUGUGACUUUCCAGCAGUGCCUGGUUCCUCCCCCUUUUUUGGGGGUUCAACAAGGGACCUUUGGUUAUUUUUAGCUUUAUUGUUUUUUAUAAGCCUUUUGGGGGGGUUAAAAUAGAUUUUCUUACAUUUUGGGGGCUAUUUUUUUAGUAGAUAAUUUUUCUUUUAUAUGAAGAAUCCUUGUCUCCUGGGCCCCUCCUUCUAACCCCUAAAUGUGACCUCCUUACCCAUUCACCCAGUCAGCUCCGUGCUGAGCAGGGUGGGAGGGUGGUCAGUGGUACCCUGGGAUGUGGAAGGGGGUUGGUUCCCCUAGACAGCCGUCAAAGGAAGCUGGGGUAGUUGGUAUUGGGGGCCAUGUAGCUGCUUUUGUUACUCUAUUUAUUUUAGUUACUUGUAUAAAACACUAAAUAAAGCAAUAGGGGCAAACUC